CACCGCCCAGCGACCGCAGUUGGCUGUGUCGGCCGACCCUAUUUUCCGCCGCACAAAAAUUUCCGGAAUUCCUCGAUCUCGUCGCCUGUCUCCGCAUUGUGCCUUUGACGAUUUCUGACCCGCGCAGAGGCACCGUGAAAAAGCUCCCCCAUUCUCCCAUUGAUCCUCCCCUGAUCAACCAGAAAGGAACUGCAAGAUGGCUGAGCAACUCAUCCUCAAGGGCACCCUGGAGGGCCACAAUGGCUGGGUCACCAGCUUGGCCACCUCUUUGGAGAACCCCAACAUGCUCCUUUCUGGUAGCAGAGACAAGUCCCUCAUCAUCUGGAACCUCACCCGCGAUGAGACCUCGUACGGCUACCCCAAGCGCCGUCUCCACGGCCACUCUCACAUCGUCUCCGACUGUGUGAUCUCUUCCGACGGUGCCUACGCCCUCUCUGCCUCGUGGGACAAGACCCUCCGUCUCUGGGAGCUUUCCACCGGCACCACCACCCGCCGUUUCGUCGGCCACACCAACGACGUUCUCUCCGUCUCUUUCUCCGCCGACAACCGCCAGAUCGUCUCCGGUUCCCGCGAUCGCUCCAUCAAGCUGUGGAACACCCUCGGUGACUGCAAGUUCACCAUCACCGAGAAGGGCCACACCGAGUGGGUUUCCUGCGUCCGCUUCAGCCCCAACCCCCAGAACCCCGUCAUUGUCUCCUCCGGCUGGGACAAGCUCGUCAAGGUUUGGGAGCUCUCGUCCUGCAAGCUCCAGACUGACCACAUCGGUCACACCGGCUACAUCAACGCCGUCACCAUCUCCCCCGAUGGCUCCCUCUGCGCCUCCGGUGGCAAGGACGGUACCACCAUGCUCUGGGACCUCAACGAGAGCAAGCACCUCUACUCUCUCAACGCCAACGACGAGAUCCACGCCCUUGUCUUCUCCCCCAACCGCUACUGGCUCUGCGCUGCCACCUCCAGCAGCAUCAUCAUCUUCGACCUCGAGAAGAAGAGCAAGGUCGACGAGCUCAAGCCCGAGUUCCAGAACAUCGGCAAGAAGUCCCGCGAGCCCGAGUGCGUCUCCCUCGCCUGGUCCGCCGAUGGCCAGACCCUCUUCGCCGGUUACACCGACAACAUCAUCCGUGCCUGGGGUGUCAUGUCCCGCGCUUAAGCGGAGACGUCGGAGCCGGGACUGGUUGGCUAGGGGACGUUGUGGACGGGAGGCUGGCUGCGCGCAGGUUGUCGGCAGUUGUCCGUGAAGGACGACGCCGCUCCAAGCGUCGUGCGGCUGCUGCUGCCGCCGCUGCUGCUGCAUCAGGGCAAUUUCGAAGGAUUCCAUGGUAAAGGCGUAUUCUCGGAACUGCUUUGUAUCGUCUUUGCUUUCUUUCAUUUUAAAACAUAUCAAAAUGAAAGGACAACUGGGAGCUAUGGGAACAAGUUGCAUUCUAAUGUCACUGCGAAAGAGCCUCUACGUGCAGCGUAUUUUUGGUCCACCACAUGGCAAUGAAUGAUAAUGAAGGCCAAGAUGAACCAUUUGAUGUGUCCGUUUGCGGUGAUGUGUGAUGUGUGGUGAUUGACGCGUGAUGCAUUCGGGGUUAUGUUGUGUGAUGUGGUGAAUUGGUAUCAAUGUUGUCCCCAUCCUCAGCGCCUCUAAGUUCUACUCGACCACCUCGAAAGUCUCCUUGACGUACGCGUACAAUACCCACAACUACCCUUCUAUCUCCUAGCCAACACAACCUCAUUUUCAUUAUCAUCCAUUCCCCUUCAUCUCCCCAACCCUACAUAUGCUAAAUCUCCCUUCACACCACCCAUUCCCCUUUCCAUUUCCCUUUCCACCAAUCUCAUCCUCUUUCCUCCCUAGAGUACCGAAGCCAUCCCCAACUCCAUCUUUCCCCAUCUCGUUUCUUUCUUAGGUACUCUUCCAUUUCCAUUCCCGGCCUCAACUGGCCAUACUCUUCUACACCCUUCUACCCUUCUACCCUCGAAACCCUCUUUAAUAAAUCCUCCAUCGGUAAGCGGGCGCUGGACUCCAUCAACAGGACCAGGAACCCAAGAAUGAUCCUGGCAUUCUCUUUCUCGUUCUUCGAGAUCUCUUUCUUCGAGAUCUCCCUCCUCCUCCUCCUCCUCCUCCUCCUCCUCCUCCCGUCGUUGCUGUCGUUCCAAGCGUUCUCGGCGUCGUCGAUCUCGCCACCACUGUAGAAUACACACGGUGAUGAAGGUGAUUAGGAUAAGAAC